UUUUAAACUUGAGCGCGUACGUGCGCGUCCUCGUAUUCUUUGUGUGGUAGCGUAGAGAAGCGCCAAAAGAUUGACCAUGGCUGAUGAGAAACCGAAGGAGGGAGUCAAAACAGAAAACAAUGAACACAUAAACCUGAAGGUGGCGGGUCAGGAUGGAUCUGUUGUGCAGUUCAAGAUCAAAAGGCACACACCGCUCGUCAAACUCAUGAAAGCCUACUGCGAGAGACAGGGACUUCAAAUGAGGCAAAUCCGGUUCAGAUUUGACGGACAGCCAAUAAAUGAGACAGACACGCCAUCACAGUUGGAAAUGGAAGACGAAGAUACAAUUGACGUGUUUCAGCAGCAGACGGGCGGUCUGAUUUAAUCAGCCAUGUGCAUCACAGUUUUCCUCCUUCACACAGCAAACCAGUUCCCAGUCGGUCACUCAGCUGCUUCUUUGAAUCUCGUCCUGAUGUCUCAACAGAAUCUCAUGCAGAAGAAGUUUUCAUUUCUCUGCUCUGCUUAACUGCUGUAAACUAUUUUCAUUCUUAUCCUCUUGAUUUUUUUUUGUACAGAAACAUCCCAAAUCACCAUGCAUUCAGGGUUGGUUUUCAUGCUGAGCUGUGGCAAAUGUUAAGGACCUUUCUUCCAAAUUAGUUGGUGUUUUUCUGCCAUUGCAGACAGAAAGGAAAAGGAGAUGGAGGGACAAUGCAUAAAACUGAAUUUACUGAUCAAACUUUAAGCUAGGCUUGUUCAGUAUCCAGCCAAUCUGUUCUUACGGUGUACUAUUUUGAAACUGGCCAUGACUUUGUGAGCGCAAGAACCAGUUAGGAAAUGGGCCUGGAAUGUCAUUUGUUUUAUGUUAUCAUUAAGAAAUUUGAUUUUAUACAUUUUUAUAUUGUAAUGGAUGUGUAGGGAAAUGUUUUUGACCAGGCCAAGCUUCAGAUUUCAGGAAGCCUGAUGAGACGUUCCAGUCAAAUGAACACCUGUAAUAUCUAUGGAGAUGCCUGUUAAAUAAAGCUAUUGUCUUUUUCCAAACUUC